AGUGGAGGGGAAGAUGGUCACCAGGACAGAGGGUCAAAUUGAUGACUCUCUAAUUGGUGGCAAUGCCUCUGCUGAAGGUCCUGAGGGAGAUGGAACAGAAGCCACGGUCAUAACUGGUGUUGAUAUAGUAAUAAACCACCACCUUCAGGAAACCAGCUUUACAAAAGAAUCCUACAAGAAGUACAUCAAGGACUACAUGAAAGCAAUCAAAGCCAGACUUGAGGAACACAAGCCAGAGAGAGUAAAGCCUUUUAUGACAGGGGCUGCAGAACAAAUCAAACACAUCCUCGCUAACUUCAAAAACUACCAGUUCUUUGUAGGAGAGAACAUGAAUCCAGAUGGUAUGGUGGCUCUCCUGGAUUUCCGUGAGGAUGGUGUGACCCCAUAUAUGAUUUUCUUUAAGGACGGCUUAGAAAUUGAGAAAUGUUAACAAAUCAAGCAGUAUGGUUUUGGAUCACUCGUCUUCAUAGCUGGCUGCUGUUUCUUCUUCAUCGGCACAACACCAGGAAUUGGCAAUGUCUAACAACUGGACUGAUGUCAUCUUGAGCUUUAUUCACUUAUUUUGACCCUGAUUUGGAGUGGAGGCAUUGUUUUAAAAAAAGAAAAAAACAAACAUCUGUCAUGUAGGUUGUCUAAA